UCCAUAUCUGAUAAUGUAUUCAUAGAACAAGGCAAUUUACAAUCAACAUGGUCAGUUCCAUGGAAAGAAAUGCUCAAGUCUAAAGCUGUAUGGUCUAUUAUCAUUAGUCAUUUCACCUAUGAUUGGGGUUGGUACACGUUAAUCACAUGUAUGCCAACAUAUAUGAGAAGAAUUUUAGGAUUUGAUAUGAUGUCAAAUGGUUUAUUGUCGUCUGUACCGUAUAUUGUACAAAUUAUUGUCUCCUUGACAAUUGCCUAUGUAUCAGAUAUUCUUAUAUCAGGAAAUUUGUUGUCAACAACAUGGAUAAGACGUAUCAAUAAUUUUAUUGCUUUAGGUGGACUUGGAACAGGAAUCAUUUCUGUUAUCUUUGUUGGAUGUAAUGCGUAUGCAGCUGUAGCCUUAUUCUCUGCAACUAUCGGUUUUAUGGGUUUUUCAGCCGGUGGAUUCUUUUCAAACAAUUUAGAUUUAUCUGCACAAUAUGCUGGUAACAUAAUAUCUAUAAGCAGUACAAUCGCAUCGACAUCCGGUAUAUUUGCACCACUUGUUGUUGGUUUUGUGACUAAAUACAGCUCAGAUUUGACCGAUUGGUUCAUUGUGUUUGGCGUAUCCUCCAGUGUCGCAUGGUUUGGUUCAAUUAUAAAUUUAUAUUUAACCAGUGGAGAAGAACAACCAUGGAGUAGAUCGUCUACAUUGUAAAAAACUUGAUAAUAAUUUCCUCUUAUUUCAUCUUUUGUUCUUAUUGACAUUCUUUAUUCUUAAAUGAUCAAUAAUUUUCACUUCUGACAAAUUAAGUUUAACGUGAUAAUUGGAGAUUACUGAACUUGUGUAAAAUCUUCUUGUCAAUUUAUAUUUUGUUUUAGUGUAUCAGUUACCC